UGUUUUUUUCUUCAGAUCAAUCAUCUGUCAUCAAUUAAAGAUAUUAUUUUGGAAAGAUUAAUUCUUUCUUUUAUUUAUUCUUUAUAAAUUUUUCGUAAUAAAUUCUAAAUUCUAAAAAAUAUGCAUCAAACAAGUGUAAAAUGUAAUGUAAAAUUAUGUUCGAACAAUGAUGUUCCGCCUUCAUCAGUAAUUCGUACUUGCCUUGGUCCAUCCUUGGCACAAGUAUUUUUUGACUAUACUCAUCAUGAUACAUUAAAAUUAUUAGAUGUACUAAUAACAUCAAAAACAUCAAAACCAUGCUUUUCAAUUCCCGAGGAUCAAAUGACCAAAAAUGAUGUACCACCAACAGAUCAUCAAAUCAUAAAAGCAUUUGUACAUCAAAAUAUAUUAGAGAUAGGUGAAGCUCUCUUAGAAAAUUUAAAAAAGGAAGUUGAAGAAAAUUUAAAGGAUAAAAUAGAAAGGCAAUCGCGAGAGAAGUUUUAUUUAUAUCAAGCAAAAAAAAGGCGAGAAGCCGAUCUGCAAACGCAACAAUUGCAUGAAAAAUACCAGAAUUUCCUUGAAUCUGUUCGAGUCAAUUUACAAAAACAGCUUGAAAAAGAAUGGUUGAAAGCAGCCGAAGAAUGUGCCAAGAAUACUCAAAAAGCAAUUAUACAAGAACGGAUGAAUAUAACACAAGAAAUGAUACGAAAGAUGCGCGUAGAAAUCACUCAUAUUACACAAUCAUUAUAUAAUGAUUUUGAAAAAUUAUUUUGUGCUAAAAGGGAUACUAUAAUCGCUGAUUUCAAUCAAAUCAUGAGGGAGAGGCAAAUUAAAUUUAAAAACGAAAUACGAGAAUUAAAAGAAAAGGCGAAUAGAGAUAUGUAUAUUCAAAAACGUCAAUUUGAAAUGCAAAGUGUCACAGAUAUAAUUUAUGUUCUUUGUUUAGAGCGAGUACGAAGUAAUAAAGAAAAACAUGCCAUACAUAGAUACUUCGAGGAAAGAAUUGAUGAAUUUUAUGAAUUAAUAAUCCAUUUGAGAGAUAUAAUUAAUAUUAUGAAAGAAGAAAUUAUUAAUUGUCAUACAAAUAAGAAAUCGUUAGAGGAAAAACUCUAUAAUGUUACUAAACAUUUUCAAAAAUUCAUUAAUUUUAUUUUUCAUGCUCUACCAGGGCAAGCAGAUUAUUUAUUACCACCAGAGUUACAAGAGUUAAUUAAUUUAGAUAUAGAUGAAGAAGAUAAAAAGAUAGAAUAGCUGAAAAA